GGUUGUGUACGUGGAAGGAGUCCGCGCAUGCGCAGUCUCGGCCCUUCCUCAGCUGUGCUUGAGUCGCUGAGGGUUCUCUCCCUGCUGGGGAAAGACGGUGGGGCUAUGGCUUCCUGCUGACAGAGCCUGCAGAGUGGUUGAGGGGGCGAGGCCGCUCUGCCGCACCCUCCCCGGGGCCUGAGGCUGUCAGCCUGGCCUUGUCGGUGCCGCUGCCGCCACUGCUGGCUGAGGAGGAGCGAUGAGCUGGUUCAACGCCUCCCAGCUCUCCAGCUUCGCCAAGCAGGCCCUGUCCCAGGCCCAGAAGUCCAUCGACAGAGUCCUGGACAUCCAGGAGGAGGAACCGAGCGCUUGGGUGGAGACCAUUCCCUACGGAGAGCCGGGAAUAAGUUCCCCUGUCAGUGGAGGAUGGGAUACUUCAACCUGGGGGUUGAAAUCAAACACUGAACCUCAGAGUCCACCAACAGCCUCUCCUAAAGCAAUUACAAAGCCAGUUCGGAGGACUGUAGUAGAUGAAUCUGAAAACUUCUUCAGUGCCUUUCUCUCUCCAGCGGAUGUCCAGACCAUUCAGAAGAGUCCAGUGGUAUCAAAGCCUCCAGCUAAAUCACAACGACCAGAAGAAGAAGUGAAAAGCCCCUUACAUGAGUCUUUACACACUGUACAGUCAAAAACUACUGAAACAACUGAAACAAAAGUGAAGGACUCUUUGUGUGUAUCACAGCAAAGUCUGGCAGUAGAUGCUCUAUCACCUAAAACUGAAGGUCAGCCUGAAGAAACUGUUAAUAAAGAACCUGAAAGGAAGGUGCCAACUAUACACUUGAAAGUAUCUGAAAGCACAACUAAUGUAAAGACAACUACGGAAACUGUAUCUGCUGUUUCUACACACUCUCUCACAGCAGAAACCAAGGUUGUGGCUUUGGAACCAAAGGAACAAAAACAUGAAGACAGACAGAGCAAUACUCCUUCUCCUCCUGUUAGUACCUUCUCAUCAGGUACUUCUACCACCAGUGAUAUCGAAGUUUUAGAUCACGACAGUGUUAUAAGUGAGAGCUCAGCAAGUUCAAGGCAAGAGACUACAGAUGCAAAAUCAAGUCUUCACCUGAUGCAGACAUCUUUCCAGCUUCUCUCUGCAUCUCCUUGCCCUGAAUAUAAUCGUUUAGAUGAUUUCCAGAAACUAAACGAGAGCUGCGGCUCAUCUGAUGCUUUUGAAAGAAUAGACUCAUUUAGUGUACAGUCAUUAGAUAGCCGGAGUGUCAGUGAAAUCAAUUCAGACGAUGAACUGCCAGGCAAGGGAUAUGCUUUAGUGCCUAUUAUAGUUAAUCCUUCAACCCCAAAGACUAAAAUAGUUGAAUCUAUUGGAGGAAAACCUGAAGAAGAAGUAAAUGAAACAUUAAGUAUACCUGCUGAAGAAGCAGAAAUGGAAGAAAGUGGGCGAAGUGCAACUCCUGUUAACUGUGAGCAGCCGGAUACCUUGGUUUCUUCUACACCUAUGAAUGAAGGACAUGUUGUCUUGGACAAGGUAGUAGAGCAAUGUGAAGCUGCUGAAAGUCCACCAGAAGCACUCUGUGAGAAGAAAGAUGUUUGCAAGACAGUUGAACUUCUGAAUGAGAGACUGGAAAAAAGGGAGGCUCAGUUAUUAUCUCUUAGUAAAGAAAAAGCACUUUUAGAAGAAGCUUAUGAUAACCUAAAAGAUGAAUUGUUCAGAGUGAAAGAAGAAAGCAGUAGCAUUUCUUCCUUGAAAGAUGAGUUUACCCAAAGAAUUGCAGAAGCAGAAAAGAAAGUUCAGCUAGCCUGCAAAGAGAGAGAUGCUGCUAAAAAGGAAAUAAAAACUAUAAAAGAAGAACUUGCCAUUAGAUUAAAUAGUAGUGAAACUGCAGAUCUUUUGAAAGAGAAAGAUGAACAGAUUCAAGGACUAAUGGAAGAGGGUGAAAAACUUUCAAAGCAGCAGUUACAUAACUCUAACAUCAUUAAGAAACUGAGAACUAAAGACAAAGACAAUGAAAAUAUUAUUGGAAAACUGAACAAAAAAGCUAAAGAGCUAGAAGAGGAGUUACAGCAUUUAAAACAGGUCCUUGAUGGCAAAGAAGAGGUUGAGAAGCAACAUAGAGAAAAUAUUAAAAAACUAAAUUCUGUAGUAGAUCGUCAAGAGAAAGAUCUUGGUCGACUUCAGAUAGACAUGGAUGAACUCGAAGAAAAGAACCGAAGUAUUCAGGCUGCCCUGGAUAGUGCAUACAAAGAACUUACUGAUCUUCACAAAGCCAGUGCUGCAAAGGAUAGUGAGGCACAGGAAGCAGCUCUGAGUCGUGAAAUGAAAGCUAAAGAAGAACUUUCUGCAGCAGUAGAGAAAGCCCAAGAAGAAGCCCGUCAACAGCAAGAAACAUUAGCAAUUCAAGUAGGGGACCUUAGACUAGCACUGCAACGUGCAGAACAAGCAGCUGCCAGAAAAGAGGAUUAUCUGCGACAUGAGAUCAGUGAACUUCAGCAGAGACUCCAGGAAGCAGAGAAUCGGAAUCAAGAACUGAGUCAAAGUGUUUCAUCAACAACAAGACCAUUGCUUAGACAAAUAGAAAAUUUGCAAGCAACCCUAGGGUCCCAGACAUCAUCGUGGGAGAAGUUGGAGAAGAAUCUUUCUGAUAGGCUUGGGGAGUCCCAGACCUUGUUGGCAGCAGCAGUUGAAAGAGAACGUGCAGCUACAGAAGAACUCCUUGCCAACAAAAUCCAGAUGUCUUCCAUGGAAUCACAGAAUUCUCUCUUGAGACAGGAAAACAGUAGACUUCAGGCCCAGCUAGAAUCAGAGAAAAAUAAGCUAAGAAAACUGGAGGAUGAAAAUAAUCGGUACCAGGUUGAAUUAGAAAACCUAAAAGAUGAAUAUGUAAGAACACUUGAAGAGACAAGGAAAGAAAAGACAUUGUUGAGUAGUCAAUUAGAAAUGGAAAAAAUGAAAGUUGAACAAGAGAGGAAGAAAGCCAUUUUCACUCAAGAAGCAAUAAAAGAAAAGGAACGCAAGCCAUUUUCUGUUUCUAGUACUCCCACCUUGUCACGCUCGAGUUCAGUAAGUGGAGUUGAUAUGGCAGAGCUGCAAACAUCUUUUCUGUCUCAGGAUGAGUCUCAUGAUCAUUCAUUUGGACCAAUGUCUGCAUCAGCGAGUGGCAGCAAUCUUUACGAUGCUGUAAGGAUGGGAGCAGGGUCAAGUGUUAUUGAAAACCUGCAGUCUCAGCUAAAGCUAAGGGAAGGGGAAAUUGCACAUUUACAGCUGGAAAUUGGUAAUCUAGAAAAAACUCGAUCAAUAAUGGCUGAAGAGCUAGUUAAAUUAACAAAUCAAAAUGACGAACUUGAAGAAAAAGUGAAGGAGAUACCUAAACUUCGAAUUCAGCUACGAGAUUUGGAUCAAAGAUACAACACUAUUUUGCAGAUGUAUGGAGAAAAAGCAGAAGAAGCAGAAGAACUUCGAUUAGAUCUUGAAGAUGUAAAAAAUAUGUAUAAGACUCAAAUAGAUGAACUUUUAAGACAGAGGCUCAGUUAACUUCCAAAAACUGAAUUCUUGUCAAAGUGAAUGUAAACACAUAGUAUCUCAGUGCAGACUUCCAAUAAAUUCUUUUAUAGAAGUAGAAAAUGGAAUUUACUGUAGAGUACAAAAACUUUUUUAAAAACUUGUUUUACAUAUAGUAAUAUUUUCAGUUAAAUUAUUUUGUGCAAUAUUUGGACUUUAUUUUUGAAACUAUUCUUUAAAGAUUUAUUUUUCAAAGCCUCUUUGUUUUUUUUUUGCCUUGAAUAGCACAGGGAUUUAUUACUUAAUCCAUAUAUCAGUAUGGCUACAGAAGGAAAGUGGUGUUUAUAUAUUAUUGUAGACAUACAAGUAAUUGUAUCUAUAAUUUGUAUGUUUGUAUAUAUUGAGAACAUUUAAAGAGUUAAUAUUAACAUUGACACUUUGAAAUCUUUUACACUUCAACAUAUUACUAUUCAUUGCAAAUGUUUUAAGUGUUCAGGUAAAAAAAAACAAACCUGUGGGUGUUCAAUUUUAAACCAAUUCUUUUACUUUAAAAGUCAAAGUCAUAGUGACACUACCUGAAAUUUAAAGAGUGAAUAAUUCAAACAUUAAAAAAAAUCUUUUUAUUUGAAAAUUUACCCAUAUUCCAUAAUUGUGAACAAAUUUUUGGUAUCUUUUGGUACCUAUCCAAGAAAAAUUUAUGCCGGCAUAAUUGGAUAGUGGAAAUUUUUUUUUCUUUUUUUUGGUACCAGGGAUCGAACAUGGGUCCUUGCACUUGGGAGGCAGGCAGCGGAACCGAGCUAAAUCCCUGGCCCCGGAUAGUGGAAAUUUUUACUUAACAAUAAUUAUUUUUUUCUCCCCGGUACUGGGAAUCGAACUCAGGACCUUGCACUUGCCAGGCAGGCACAGCACUAUUGAGCUAAAUCCCUGGCCCAACUUAAUUUGUGAUGGAAUCAGUAGCAUUUAAGUGACUUUGAAGAGCUAUUAUUUUAUUAUCCUAUAAAAAGAACCAAAAAUAAUAAAAUUAAUAACAUAAUUUAUUCUUUUAAAAUAUCUGGUUCACAUUUUGUAAAGUCAGAUUUUUGGCAGAUUAAAUGAUAUUGUAGAAUAUUCACAAUAAAAUAUAAAAAUUAUGCGGUAAUUUAAAUUUGACAUUUUACAAUUUUAUGAAAUUUGUCAUUUUUUUUGUUCUUUGUUUUUUUGAGACAGGGUCUCACUGCGUAGCCCAGGCUGGCCUCACUCGUGGUCCUCCUGCUUCAGCCUCCCAAGUGCUGGGAUUAUAGGCAUGCACCACCAUGCCUGACUCAUUUUUUUCUCAAAGCUUUAAAAAAAAAAAUAGUGUGGAAUAGCUUUAGAAAAUAGCUAUGCCAUCUUCCAAAUAUUUUGUUCAAAAGUUAAUUACCUUCUGUUUUAGACCUGUAAAAUAUUUUGAUACAUUUUUAUUACUGAAAGUUAUUUAACUGACUUUAUAGUAGUCCCACCUUAUCUAUUGUUUUGUUUUCUAUAGUUUCAGUUACCCAUAAUCAGCCACAAUGCAAAAAUAAUAAAUGGAAAUUCUAGAAAUAAACAAUUCAUAAUGUAUAAAUUGUGCAGUACUCUGAAUACUAUGGUGAAAUCUUGAUGUUUUUGCUCCUUUGUUCUUGGGACAUGAAUCAUUCCUUUGUCUAUCACAUCCACGUCCCCUGGGUAGUCACUUAGCCGUCUCAGUUAUCACAUUGAUUUUCACAGAGCUGCAGUGCUUAUAAUCUUUGUUUUACUUAAUAGCCCCAAAGGGCAAGAGUAGAGAAGCUGUGAAGUGAUUCUUUUAAUUGACAAAAUUGUUUGGUUUUUGUGCUAGAAGUUAAACCCAGGGCCUUUGCACUGCUACACACCCCCUCCCUUUCUUUUUUUUUUUUUGAGAUGAGGUUUUGGUAAUUCACCAAAGUACUCAGUCUGGGCUUGAAUUUGUGGUUCUGCUCCUUUUGCCUCCUAGUGUACUACCACCCCUGACUAAGAAAGUGGAAGUUCUUGUUGAAUAUACAAUUUGUAACUGUCCAUGGAUUUAGGCAUCCACUGAGGGUUUUGGGACAUACCCCCAUAGAUAAGGAAGGAUUACUACUAUGCUUGUAAGUGAAAACUUUAAUUUUUAGUUAAAAUUUUAAACAGUAGUACUUCAGAAUAUAGCUACAAAUAAGACUUCUUAAAAGAUCUGGAGAACUUUUCAGAAUAAUUCAAGUGACCUCAUUUUUGUUCCUUUUGUAUUCCAGGCAAUAUUUCUGUCAUUGGAUCUGAUUUGUAGCAUUAAUAAAUAUCAUUUCAGUGAAAGUCAAAUUCAUAAAAUUAAUUAUAUUUUAGUGCUAAAAAGUCUAAUCACUUUCUCGCCCCCUUAAAUAUUGAGGGGCAGAAUGACUUGACUGACAGCAAUAAGAAAUGUACAGAAUUAGAAAAUACAGGAAAUUUAGCUUGCAAAACUAGGAGUUUAGGAAUUAUGCAAAGUUCCUUUAAAACAUCUGUUAGUUAAAAAGGUAAAUCUAUUGCUGAGAAAAGAUUGAAAUAAAACUUUACCUUUCAUUUUCAUGACAUUAAGCAUUUUUUGUAAUCCUUAUUAAAAUUAGUUCAUUUUAAAUUUUAAAAUGUAUUCAACUUAAUUUAUAAAUGACAAGUAACUACUUAAGUUUCAGGCCCUAUAUUACCAUAAAUUAUUCUAACUACAGAUUAAUAGCUGAUAGUCACACUGAUCUUAUUUUGAUUAUGAUACUCUUAGAUCUCUCAAUAUGUUUAUAAGUGGAGAAGGGAUACUGAAUCAGUUUUUUGAAAAACUAUUAAGUAGCAGAAUACUUCUUAAAUAUUGGUUGCUAUGUAUUGCUAUUUGUCAUUAAAACCUCUACCCAUAUUCUAGUAAAAUAAUAUUCAUAUUUUAAUAGACUAAAAAUAGUUUGCAGAUAAAGGGCCAGGGAUUUAGCUCAGUGGUGCCACGCCUGUCUCACAAGCGCAAGGUCCCAGUACUGCAAAAAAAAAAAAAAAAAAGUUUGCAGAUAAAUGUUUCCAUUCUUUUUAUUUUUUUGGUACUGGGGAUUGAACUCAGGACCUUGCACUUGCAAGUCAGGCAGUGGCACCACUGAGCUAAAUCACAGGCCCAGAUGUUUCCAUUCUUAAAAAGAUGCUAUAAAUAAUUUUUAAGAAUAUUAAAAAAUAGUAAAAAAGGCAUGAACAUCUUUUGGUGAUAUGUAGACAGUUAAGUACCCUUACAAUUUCUGGGAGCAUAAUUGGAGACUACCAUUUCUUACUUUUCCUUUGCCUCUUUUUGGAGAACUUCCAAUUGUACAGUUGUUAGCAUGUAGAAUGUGUCAAAUAUAUCUUAUCUUGUGACUUAAAAUAUUAAAAAUGUAGAUAAUUUCUGACUUACAGAAAUGUGAAUUUUUAGUUAAGUAAAUGAAUACAGGAAAAAUUUUUAGCAUUUGAUUUAUUAAAGUUUUAUUUGGAUGCUUUAUUAAAAGCCUUAUGGUACUUAGAAAAUAGUAGCAGAAAAAAUUGCUGUUUUACUACUGUUUAGGAUGUAUAAUUUAUGUUCUGGUAUAUCAUUUUUCAUUUUUAUAUAAAACUAAUUUUCUCUAGGUCUAUAAAAAAUCACAUUUUGUAAAGGGCUAAAAGUAUGAUUUAAAUUAGAUUGAUAAUAUUUUAAUUUUAACUGAAAGAUAAUGUACAUAAGCAUGAAUCUGAUUUUAAUAAAGAUUUAAAAAUAGCAA